ACGAUAACUCAGUGAAGGAAAAUGUUUUGGUGACCGGCUGCAGAGGAAAACGCGGAUUUUGUUUUAUUUCCCUGUUUUGUGUAUUAAAUCGCCAGAUUCAAAGCGGAAUAUUGUCCAACGAGAGCCCGACUAGCGAAAUGUGUUGAAAAUGAGAUCUUUCACUGCUUUCUGCAUGGUUUAGAAUCGCUGUGGCGCUUGAAAACGCAACCACGUGAAAUCCAGCAACAACAAGUCUGCGGGAACAUGAAUUCGGACGAGUUCUCGGACUUCAAUAUAGAUCACCUUCUGGGCACAAAUGCGCCGUUGCAAGAUGUUAUGGUGGCGCCGUACAAGCAGGGACCGCUGCCCAGGAUCAACCAGGAUGUGCGCGAUAUGCGAAGCCGGCUGGCCGAGCGGAUAGCCCAGACCGACGAGCUGAUCUGCCAGGUGAAACAGCUCCAGGCCCAAAACAAACAGCUGGUGGACCUGCAGCGCACCGCCCAAGAGGUGACGGAUCUGUACCACAAGGAGAAGCAGCAGAGGAUCGAGCUGGAGAAGAGCGCCAAGAAGAUCGGCGAGCGAUGCGCACAGCUGGAAAAUGAGUUGGACGCACAGGUUGGGAACUGCGAAAAUCUGCAGGUGCAGUUGCAGGAUCGCGGACUGCCCGUGGAUGCCAAGGAUGUGCUGUCCAUACUCAUGCAGUUGGCCCAGCGACUGGGCGACGAUUGUGGGCUCUUGCGGAGGGAUCAGAACAUCAUGAAGAAGCUAAAGGAGCACUGCAAAACGAUAGACGUAAGUGUGCCCACGCCAAAGAGUCCCAAUCCGCGAAGCAAACGGAAAGGGCAUCAGCCCGCAGUCAACCAAUCCACGCAAACCGACGAGGAACCCCCUAAGGCCAAGCCCGUACUUUGUUCCGUUGCUGUGCAGGUGGAAGGUCUGAUAGAGACCCGCAACCAGGGCACGCAGCACAAAAACACCACCACAACCCGAGGAACCACUACAGCCUCCUUCAUCAAACAGCACGAUGUGGGCACCUGCUUUCCCGAGCCCAAGCCCCCGCCAAAUAUCCGGCAGAUACUUGAUGAAAUGCUAUCGUGGCGGAAUGAUGUUAUUGAACCCAUGAGCCCGCAGAGCGAUCCGCAGCAGGAGUUAGAGUUAGAGGACAUACCAGCCAAAGCGAGUGUGUCGACCUGCACCACACUGUGUGGUAUACACCGCGAGAUAGACUUCAUUGCCGACCUGCCGACACAAAUCAAGGUGUCUGCCUCAAGGCCGCCCUCACGAACAAUGCUGGAUAGUGUGAAGGAGGAGGCUAGGUCCUCCAGGGAGCUCGCCAAGGAGCUGCUGAACUUUCUACCUGAAAACCAAAGCUGCCUGACCAAUCUGCCGCCGCAGGCCUUCGAGGAGCUGUGGCAGGUCUUUGGCCAAAUGGUGCUAACCCUGCUGCAGAGGCGCACUAAUCCGUCCAUGGCCACGCCACCAAGCGUCAGCCAGGCGGAUUUCACCAGCUGUUUGUAUGAGCUCGUUGAGGGCACGCAGAACCAGACGAAGCACACCUCCAGUGGAAGCACCAGCAAGAGAGAUUUCGCCACUAGCACAGAGUGCAUGGAUGCUGGAACGGAUCCUAUCAUUAAGUCGCCAAACAUCAGCCACGGAGGACAUAUCACGCCAAUUCGCCUGCCCUCCCAGCCCAAAGAACGAAAGCGGAAAUCCAAGAAGCGCAAAGCGUCUAUCAGAUCGAAGUCGAUAGCCAAGCGAAGCUGUCUGGAGAUGGAGACAGUACAUCUGGAAAUAAACAAUACGUUAGAAGUAGAGCGUGAACAAAAGCCGGAAACGGCAAUCCAAUUCUUAAGCAAUUUGGAAUCUUUUAACAUGGCCAACUGUGAUAAUCUCGAAAUGAAACUGGACGAGGAAGAACUUUAUUUGCUUCAACUGACGUCCAACGCGGAAAUGAAAGAAAAUGAAGAAAAUACUCCUGCUCAGAAUUCUAAUUUCCUGCUGUCAGAAAAUAAGGAUCAAAAUCAUUUGCCUGCAGUCGAAAGGGAAACAGAAUCGUCUUUGAAAGAAAAUGACGAGCAACAAUGCCUCCUACUUGAUGAAACUGAAGAACUGUUGCAUAAAAAAACGUUUGAAAUAAAAGAAAGUAUUGGGAGCCUAACAGAAUUGGCUCCAAAUAAAGAUGCAAUGUCAACGGUAGACUCCUCAAUUGAACCAAACGAAAUUGAGGCGAAUGCAUCAGAAGACUUCGAUUCGCACCUGCUUAAUAGUGUCUCAAAUUCGGAGAGAUUUUCAAUUGAAAACCUAAAUGAUGAAACAGUCAUGGAGUUAAUUCCCUGCAAAGAGCCUAAAAGCUUGUUAAACAAAAACGAUGGCGAAUUGUUACCGACUUCAAUGAUGUGCCUAUUCGGUAGUGAUUCUGAUGUGGAAUCCGAAUGCAGUGUAGAGCAGAUGGCUCCCGAGCUAAGUGAUUCGGAAGCCAGUUUUGAUGAAAGCGAAGAGGAGUGCAGACCUGCGGAUGAGCAAAGCAACACCAAGAACCGAAAGAAUAGUCCCUUCUUCGGCAGCGAAUCAGAAUCAGAAGAAAACGAGGAACGUGCGUUGGAAGCUGCUCUUAUCAAAGCAGAUGGAAAGCCAGAAGAGAACGAAUCGGAACCGAAGUCAUCUGCUGGUGCUCCCGCAGAAUCAUACGAGGAACUGUUAGUAGCUAAAGCUAACUUAGUAACCUUAAAGCAGCCUUUGCUCGUGGAAACCCCGGAUCCAAUAGUUAAAGCUUUAAACAACGCGCAGCACGCAAGUACUUGUGCCACGCCAAACUCAACGGAUGAAUCCGAGGAUGAGGACGGUCUAGUUAUCGACGAACAAAUCCGUAUUAGGCAGCCUGAGGAACCACCUUCGCCUGUUCCCGUAGUCGCAAAACGAAGGAGAACGCAAAGUGAGAUGAAAACUUCUUCGCCCUCGACGGAAGUUCGUUUGACUCGCCAGAGAGCGAAACAACUGCUGAACGAACAGAAAUCCUGCCCAGAAAAGGGUAUUUCGCUCGUAGAACAAAUAAGGAGACAGCUUAAACAAGCGUUUACAAGAUCGGAGUCUUUGAAAAAGGAUUUCACUCCUGAUUUGAAGCCAGUAGAACACGAAGAGCUGAAAGCAUGGCAACCAAAUAUAAAUCUAGAUCCUGUAAAGGUUACCUGUACAAUUAGCGAAGAGUCACCAGCCUCCCCAGCUUCGGAGCCAAUGGACGAGCUUGACCCUCCACCCGUCGAAAUCCCUCUGGAGCAAGCUGCUUGCAACUGGGAAUAUGACCAACCCGAAUCGAUCGUACAACACGUACUUAAGAUGGACAAGGGUCUGGAGAAGCUUAGGAAAGCGAAUAGAAAAACUUUGGGGAAGACCCAACCCCAAUUGUGCGCCUCGAUAGGCAAAUAUCUUCAGGAGAACAUGCAGCUGGAAUCCACCUGCAGUGACUUGGCCUUGGAGAUCUACAAGGUGACCAAGAGUGAAGCUGUAAUCGUGAAUGCAAUGAUUACAGUAAUCUGCAAGAUCGGCUUAGAUGAUGGUCCAGUGGAACGUCUGCUGAAUGCAUUGAAGUAUUUGAACUUCGCGCAGAGAUUUCUGGCUGAGCUAGAGGAGCGUCUAUUCCGCAACACCAAAGAGCGACCAGCCACCGAGCUGGCUCUCAACUACGUCCGGCUCUACUUGAAGGCAGUUGCUCUGCAGGCGGCUAUGUCACCAGGGUACGAGAAUCCGGCGAGACUACUGUUGGCCAAAAUUCUGUAUCACUUCGACCGGGAUAUGCCGCCGCUAGUGCUCGAGGUGCUGCGUCAGUUUCCCACUGUGCUUCCCCACCGCGAACAGCGGGAGUACGACCACUCGGAUGCCCUGAUCACAGUGAUUAAGCACCUGCUGAUGAGCCGGCAGUACGACAUGGUGGAUCCGAACGGCGCCGACCGACUGCUGUUAUCCAAGCUGCGCUUUGAGUACCAUUUCCAGCCAUUUGAGCCCACCAAACAGCAGGUCUUGGAAAACCUGGUGGGGAAGCUGAAGGCCGGCCGUGAGGAGGAGUUGGGCUACGCCUUUGCGCUCUUCUGCCGGCGAUCACCGCAUCUUAAAGUUGUGGAGAGCGUGGUGGGGGAACACCUUAUGCCGCUCGCCACCAGUUAUUGUGAUAUCGCUACUCAAAACAAGUCGUACGAUGCCCGGCUGGUGCGUCUGCUGCACUGCAUCUCCUUGGUUCUGAAGCCACUGCCCCUGGAUACAGAUAUCUCCGCCUUCGUGGGCUUCCUGAAGCGCCUUCUCGUGGCAGUGCCACGAUCUAGAGUUCAACUGGCGGCCGUGCAAGCCAGCCUUCGUCUGCAGAGAUUCGGAUUCAAGUACACUCUAGAUGCCCUGAAGGACUACAGGCCCAACUAUGAACUCGAUCCGUUAACGCGGGCCAUGAUGCGAUGCUUUGCGGAACGGAGGAGGCAUUUCCGUCACGUAGCGGCCACUGGGAAGGGCCCAAGAGAUUAGAGAUUCCCUUGUAUGAAUUGCAACUAUUUAUUUAUGUAUGUACUUGUAUAGAUUUUGAAUUAAACUAAAUGCCAACUGC